CGUAGGCAUCAGUCAGCGACUGUGAUUCAUUACGAUUUGUUCAAUGACGUUCUUCCGAGCAGUACUACUGGGUAUAACAUUAUAAUACAAUAUUUUAAUCGACGAAUUUUAUUCGUUUAAUAAACUUAAUGAAAAGUCUUCCGUCGUCACUGGAUUUAUGAAUUUCAAAAUGAAAACGGCCAUGUUUAAAGUCUUUGCUACGUGCAUUGCGACAUUAUGCAUCACGUUACCAGUACCCUCGAAGGCCACUCCGGUUCUAUCAUCGGUGCCGGUGAAGUCCGAGGAAAAAGAUGAAAAUCCGAUUAUAGAAAAUCUCUUGGACAAAAAAUCCGAAAUCCUCGACCGACUAAAAUUUGUGGAUCUCAAAUCUAUUGAUUUCGAGUUAAUCGCGAAUGAAGUGUUGCGGGAACCGGCGAUAGCGGUACACGAGCAAAUGAUGGCGUCACGGGAAUUUCACCGACAACGUAGAUCCUUCGACCCCGAAUUAGAAGAACGUCUAAGGAAAGAGGUCGAAAAGGACGACACUACUCUUUCUAUACCUUUAGACUCCAAAGAUGCUAUGCCUGUAAUGCCGCCAAAAUCGAAUGAAGACAAAAACUCUCAACAGUCGAACGAGAACGAGGACGACGCCGAAGUCAACGAACUCCCAGAUCCCCCGAGUUCUUCCGAGCACGACAAUUCAGUGCACGAGUCCAACGAGUCCAACCAUCCACAAGAAUCCAACGAGUCUAACAAUCCACGAGAAUCCAUCGAGCACAACCAUCCACAAGAAUCCAACGAGUCUAACAAUCCACGAGAAUCCAUCGAGCACAACCAUCCACAAGAAUCCAACGAGUCUAACAAUCUACAAGGAUCCAACGAGUCUGACAAUCCACGAGAACCCAAUGAGUCCUACAGUCCCCAAGAAUCCAAUGAACCCCAUUAUCCACAACACGAAGGGCGCCCGGACGUUCCACAAGAAUCUAACGAGUCCGAAUAUCCACCAGAUACGAAAUCCUACGAGUUCGAUACCGGGCCCCGCCGAAACAUUCCUUACAACGAAGACGACGAGGAAAAGGAUGAUGAACCUGAUGAACCUAAACCUCCCUUUCAAAAAAUGUAAUUUUACCAACUAUAUUACAUUAUAAUCCACACGCAUUUAAUAAUAUUAUAUAAUGUGUACUUUUUUUUACUGUCAUCUUGACUUUAAUUAACUUAAUUUUAACAAUAAUAAUCGGCCCUUGGAUAAUAAAUGCUUUACGCAUAGUAAUAAUAAUGUUCAUUUGUUAUUAAAAAAUUAACCAUUUUCAACAGUUAAUUGAAUACUCUGUGACUUUUAUAUUAUAAUUUAUAACAGACUAUAUUAUGCAUUCCAAUAAUUAAAUAUAUUGUAGCAUAUAUUAAAAUAAACAAUAUUAUUAUUAUUCA